AUGGAAGAACCCGAGAUGAAAGAGACUGAUAACUGUGCAGCAUUCACUGUCGACUUUCAAACACGACCCCGGUCAAGCAAAGUCCCACAGCGGCUAGUUAAGUACAUGUCGGAGCAAAACCACUCGAGCAGCAAACUUUCAAAGGAUGAUCUUGACAAGAAACAGCUUGACGCUGAGCAAAGGAGGAAAGACUACGAAAAAGCUAAAAUAGACAGAAUCCGAGAAUGCAACGAAGAAUGUCACAAUAUUGAUGCCAAAGUACAGAUUUUGCUUGCCCAGGAUGCCAAAAGUCAUGGUCUUCCCGGAACCGAACACAUUAAAGCCAUGUCAACUAGGCAGGCCAUCAUGUCCAUCAAGUCUUUAGCUAAAGACUUCUCUAAACUGACCCCCGGAAUAGAUUACAGUGAAAGUACGACUCCUGUGAUAGAUCAAAAUGAAAUAUUAACAAUGAACACCUCAUGAUGUUGUCUGAAAAUAGUUCUAAAAACUGCAAUUAAUUUGUAUCUGAUAUUAAUCUCUAUUCCAAUAUACGUUCUUUGCCUACAAAUGUGCUUCAGUUAAGUUUGUUUGAAAAUAUUGACUGCCAUUUUGCUGCUUGUUCUACGUAAUGUAACCGUUUGCAUUUUCAAAGGCGUAUUGUCCGUCCGUCCGUCCGUUAAAGUCAAAUUUCAUACAAACAGCAUCUUCUAAAUAAUCAUUUAGUUUGCAAAUGUAAUUUUGACAUCAAUCAUAUUUUGAAAUAGCACUCUUUCGGUUAUUACUUUUGACACACUUUCACUCUCAAAUAAUUCACUUGUGACUUUUUGGAAUAACUAUAUAACCAAGGCUUUGAGCCUUACUAAUUUCAAGGCUAUAUUGUAACACAAGUCCAACUAUUUUUUUUUCAGACCACCAAGAGAUACUUGUAAGUAAGGCAUUUGUUUAAUCGAUUGUUUUAAUAUUUUUCCAGGCAAUAUAUGUGAAAUAUGUGAUUUAUGAAACCGUAUCUAUAUAUCACUGAGUCUGGGAAGAUGUAAUCAAAACUGUAUGAAUUUAUAAAAGAAUGGUUGAUAAAAGUAUCUUCAAUGUUCUUGAAUCGGCUUCAAAGCGAGGGGUUGCCAAAUGGUGCUAGAAAACCCAAGAACAACCAUCAGACGUUACUGUUUCGGUUGGAAUGAUUUCAAAUAGUGGACUCGCUGCCAUUACCAUGAGGAAACGUGUUAGAGUAGGUAAACUGAAGAUGACAAAUGAGGUUGUGUUAUGAAUUGGGCGUGGACAGGAAAAUG